UUUACGAUGCUGUUUUAAUUUGUUUUCUAUUUUUAGUUAUCCUGUACUGGACCUCUUAUUCUAUAACCCUUUCUGGUACCCCUCGAUACCUGUAUAUAUCCACCUGAGUUUAGGUUUUUGGCUCUCUUUGGACCGGGUAAAAUCACCUGCACGUUCUUCCUGAUAUUAUCAGUUUCGUUAGUUCAAUUCUCUAAUUUUGUAAUACAGACACGGCUUCUGAGGUCCCGAAUGUCGAAUACUGAGUAGUGUUGGUGUACUGGAAUGGAGUGACCUGUGAAGUUUGGUGUACCAGUGUCCUGACAACGACUAUCAGCCCAUGAAUUUGUUUCAAAUUGUGUGUAAUAUAAAUUGUGAAAACGUUACUUUUGGUGUUUUAUUUUAUCAAUUCUGGAGGUGUUUUGGAAGCCUGUCGGCCAGCCCGCAACAAAUGGUGUCAGAAGUGGGAUUCAAAUCCAGUCGACAGAGACAAACCUCCACUUCAACAUGAUGACGACAGUUUUGGCGCAGUCCACCUCAAUGCAGGGAUCAAUCUUCAUUGGAUCAUCGAGUGUUCCGUUGUACCAACAGAUUUGUUAAAGACCCUCAUCGACUUCAUGGGAUUCAGGAAAGUCAGCACCCUGUGACCAGAACAUUAUCUCAUGUGUGUAUCAUUCUACCAGCCAUGAUGAGAUUCGAUGUUAUGAGGGAAAUGCAUCUAGACGGAUCAUCCAGUCGAGUUUGAAGUCCAUGCAUUGACCAGGCGGAAGGACAGUUUCUUGUUUUCGUUUUGAGCAUAACAUUAUAACAUUUGAAAUUUGAAUUUCUUUAUUUACUGAUAAAACUGUUCAAAAUUAUAUUUAUUUGUUUAUUGUGUGAUUUAGAAUUUUUUUUUUUUAUUUUGGACAAAAUUCUUUGUUGUUGUUUUUUUUUUAAUUGUUUGUAUGUACUAAUAUUUGUUUUUGAAAUUUUUGUAGGGAAGUGUUUGACAGAGUUAUUCGGGACUUAGAGGAUAGCUGUUGACACUGAAAUUACGUCGUAGAUACAUCACCUCAUCUUUAAAAUCGAUCAUUGAUUAUGGAGCGUCAUUGGGUUACAAGGAGGAAACUCUUAGAGACUUUGUUAAGCUCCAACAAGAAAUAGAACGUGAAGAGCGGAAGGCGGAAAGAGAACGAGUAAAGGAGGAGCUAGAUUUUAAGAGAUUGAUGGAAAAACAUGACAAAGAACUACAGAUACAGCAAAUUACUCAUCAGCAGCAAAUGGAGAUGAUGCACGAGAAAGAAAAGUUAAAAGCUGCGGGUGUUGAUGAGAGAGAACGCCAAAGAGUAUUCAAGACAUGGCACAGUUGGCAGAUCAGUAUCGGGAAGCAAGAAUGACCAAUGCGGCAAACUUAAUCAAGAUUCAAGGCCAGGGAUUUCAAUCUUCAACAUUAAGCGUUCCUGGAAACUCUAAAGACAAUCCAGGUGAGAAUAGACAUCAAAACACAAACAAACCUUUUGUUCCAAAAUCAGACAGACGUUGUUACAAAUGCAACCGAGUGGGUCAUAUUGCUUCGGAGUGCAGACCAAAACCAAAGGUUGGCAUGGUUAAUACCCAGGAAUCACCGGACACACAGGAAACUUCACCAGUAGAGGCUGAAUUUCCAGUGCAGGUAUCUUUUGUAAAUGCAAUACCUACAGACACUGGUACUAAUACAUUUGUACUCGAUUCUCCGACAACAGUGUCUCCAUCAUGCUAUCUUCAGCAGCAGCACAAUAUGCCAUUGUCAGCAGGAUAUGUUGAGGGUAAGCCCGUUACAGUACUGCGAGACACAGGAUGCAGUGGCAUAGUUGUACAGACAAGUAAGAUUGACGAGCAAAAUGUGAUUAAAAACAAGUUUCAAACAUGCAUUUUGGCAGACGGUUCAUCUAUUAGAGUACCUGUUGCUUCUAUUUUCAUUGACACGCCCUAUAUUACAGGUACAUUUGAAGCAUGGUGUAUGGAGAAGCCAGUUUACGACCUCAUCAUUGGUAAUGUGGAGAAAGUGAGACCACCUGGAAAUCCAGAUCCGCAAUGGUCAGAGGCUCAUGCUGUUGAAACUCGAAGACAAGCCAAAGCAAAGCUCAAACCGUAUCAUCAACUCAGAGUUCCGGAAAUUUUAAAAGAGAACAUCACUCCACAGGAUAAUAAAGUAGAACAGCAAACAUGUGACCCCUUACAGAAAGUACGUCAUGUGUCAAAUUCAGGCAAAGAAGAGGACUAUAAGAUUGAUGUGAAAGGUAAAUCAAAAACGUUUCAUGUAAAUAUGGUGAACAAGUAUAGUGACAGAAAUGCUGAUCCACCGAAUGUAAACCAAGAUGAUGAAGCUACAGCCAGCUCUGCUGUGAUUGACCGCCCUGAAGAUGAAGAGGUCGAAGAAUAUGGAUUACCAAGUGUCGGGGACAAGGAGGAGUUAUCGAGUAUGGACAUCAACCAAGAGCUGGGCCCUAAAGAUAGGCAGAAGAUCGUAGGUAAAGACCAAUUGAAAGCACAAUCAGACAAAGAAAAGACAAUCGAUGAAGCGGUGGUACAUGUACCUUGCACAAAACGUAAAUUAAGAACUGUUCAUGGCCAUUAUACCUUUUACAAGAAGUUCAUUCCAAUUUUGUUAUCAAUUGUGUUACUCUUUACAUGUUUAUUAAAGCAAUUUUUUCUUCUGACGGAUGCUUCUGAGAGAGGAAUUGGUGCAGUCCUGAUGCAGUUUGACGAUGAAAGCGGAUUGAAACUUGCGGUAGCAAAUGCCAGCAUGAAAAUGAAGGAUAGUGAGUUCAGAUAUUCCACAAUCGAGAAGGAAUGCUUAGCAAUUGUUUGGACGGUCAACAAAUUUCAACUGUAUUUCUAUGGUCGUGAAUUUCUAAUUGAAACCGAUCAUCAGUCGUUGAUGUAUUUGAACAGGGCUAAGGUGAUCAACGCUAGAAUCAUGAGAUGGGCACUUGGUCUUCAAUCAUAUAGAUACCGAGUCAUUGCAAUUAGAGGCAAGGAUAAUCAGGGUGCAGAUUAUCUCAGUAGACAAUGAAUGUGUUUUAUUUUGUGUACAUAUGAACUGUUGGUUUUAAGUGUUCGUAAAUGUAUGUUCGGAAGUAUAACUAUACUUCUUGUAAAGGGGGAGGUAUUGUUACACUUACGAUGCUGUUUUAAUUUGUUUUCUAUUUUUAGUUAUCCUGUACUGGACCUCUUAUUCUAUAACCCUUUCUGGUACCCCUCGAUACCUGUAUAUAUCCACCUGAGUUUAGGUUUUUGGCUCUCUUUGGACCGGGUAAAAUCACCUGCACGUUCUUCCUGAUAUUAUCAGUUUCGUUAGUUCAAUUCUCUAAUUUUGUAAUACAGACACGGCUUCUGAGGUCCCGAAUGUCGAAUACUGAGUAGUGUUGGUGUACAGGAAUGGAGUGACCUGUGAAGUUUGGUGUACCAGUGUCCUGACAACGACUAUCAGCCCAUGAAUUUGUUUCAAAUUGUGUGUAAUAUAAAUUGUGAAAACGUUA